AUUUGACUUUUAAGAUACUGGGUUUUGUUUUUCCAUAGAAUUUCUGCUGUGACCUUUGAUGCUGAUUACCACUGGUUUUGAUGUUGGCAAUGGUGUUGAUGGUGGUGGGCUAACAGCUGUAUAGGAGGGGCUUUUUUUUCAGAUAAGGAUGGCAUUAGGCAGGACCAUUAGCGUCCUGUGGAUUACUAUAAUCCAGCUUCUCUGACAGUAUUGGCUUGCCUGCUCACUCUUCAGUCUGUCCUCCUGGUUUGGAGCAGAUUGGAAGAUGGCUCUCAACACCCAACGCUUCCUGCUGGCUCUGCUUCUCCUUGGAACUGCUGUGUUUGUCACGAUUCAUGCUCAAGAGGUUGGGAUUUCUGAAGGUCGGAGUAGGAACUCCUGCAAAUGUGAAUGUGAAGGGGGAGAAGCCCCAACAGAGUUCUCCUACAUCGGCUCAGGCUCAAUGGUGAAGGGAGUGGACUGCAUGCCAGAAUGUCCUUACCAUAAACCACUUGGAUUUGAGGCUGGAUCCGUGAGUCCAGACCAGAUCACCUGCUCCAAUCAGGACCAGUACACCGGCUGGUUCUCCUCAUGGCUUCCAAGCAGAGCUAGGCUGAACAGUCAGGGCUUUGGAUGUGCCUGGUUGUCCAAGUUUCAGGACACCAGUCAGUGGCUGCAAAUAGACCUGAAGGAGGUGAUGGUGGUGUCGGGAAUCCUCAGUCAGGGCCGCUGUGAUGCAGAGGAGUGGGUCACUAAGUACAGUGUUCAGUACCGCACGGAUGAAAAACUCAACUGGAUCUAUUACAAAGACCAAACUGGAAACAACAGGGUGUUUUUUGGAAACUCUGACCGCUCAGCAUCUGUCCAGAACCUCCUGCGGCCUCCCAUAGUGGCACGUUACAUCCGCAUCCUUCCUCUGGGAUGGCACACUCGCAUCGCUUUACGUCUGGAACUGCUGAUCUGCAUGAAGAAGUGCACAUAAACGUGUUCCCCUGCCUUCCCAGAUGCCUUGUCCCAAACAUGUGUGGUGUGUGGUUGUGCAUUGACAGAUUUGGCCCAGAUGUAGCAGCUUAGUGCUAAAGUGUAAAGCGUGUAUUCCUUUUUUUUUUUUUUUAACUAUUACUUUAAGCACGAGUACAUCAAAACAGGUUUGUUUGAUAUGUGCAAGCUUUCACUUGCUUUGCUCCUGAUUGUUUGUUCCAAACCCGUCUCCCACUUAGGCUUCGUUUGGAGAGUUCUCAAUAGAUCACUUCAUUUGCAACAAAAUGGCAUAAUUUCAAAGCGAUAAUUAACAGUUGAGGGAAAAGGGACAGGAUGGGGGGGAGAUUGCGACCACAGGUGUGAGACAAGCACUUGUUGUUCUGUGACACAUGGGAAUAAAACAAAUCUCAGUUCUUCUCCUGGUAUGUGAUUAAAAGAUUUGGACUCUGCUUCCUUUUGUUGCUCUAAGUAGAUUUUUACAGUUAACAAAUCCCAUUAUAAUAUGGAAACCGUCUUUCUUACAUCUUUCUCAAGACAAUUGCAGUAAUCCCCUUUUUAUGAAGGGCUUUUGUGAUGCAAGAGAUAAUGAGCAACAAGAGGCCCUGUUUUGCCGCAGUUUCUCAUUUCUUGGGGUCAUUUAUUACAAUUUAAUGCUACAAUUGCUUUCUUUUUAAAACUUGCAGUUGAACAAAUGCUUAAACCCCUACAGUUUGACAUGACUAUUAAGAUACUUUUCAGUGAUGACUUGCUUUUUAUUAAUGCUCAAUCACCCUUCCUGUCUCAAAUCUCCCUUAUUCUGCCUACAUUCAACUUUUUUGUACUUUUUGUGCUUUUAUGAAGAACGUGGUGCUUUUUUGAAGGUUAAAAAACAGAAAACUCUGUCAUGUGGUUUGGUGUUAAAGUAAAGGAAAAUUCUGUGUUUCAUCCUUGAACUACUUCCUGUAAUAAAUCUAUGUGAGUGUU